UCACUCAAACUGGCUUGACAGUCAGUCAUCGUAUACACCCACUUUCUACAACAAGCCCUUUUAAAUGGUAUUUCACAUGAAACUGCGCACAAUGUCCUCGAAACGGAAACCGCUCUACUUCCGGAACGUCAAGCAGAUCAAACGGAGGAAACAGUCGAUCGGUAGGAGGUGCUGCUGUCGCUGCUCCUCCUCCCUGCAACUCCCGCUCCUCUGGAAAGAGAUGCGCGAGAACAACCAACUUUGCGAUGGAGUGGUGAGGUGCGAGGACGGCGUGGUGUUCAACAUCCACCGCAUAGUCCUCACAGCAGUGAGUCCCUAUUUCCGAGCCCUAUUCACCAACUCGAUCAAUAGGGGUUGCAUGGAAAUCACCGAGGCGAACGUGAGGAUCUCCAGCGGGGCCUUCAGGGUCAUCAUCGAUUACGCCUACACGAGGAACUGCGUGAUCAAUAAGUCCAACGUCUUCGAAUUGCUAAAGUACGCGGAUCAGUACGAGAUCCUCGAUGUGGUGGAGAAGUGCUGCGAGUUCCUCGUCAAAGAUCUCACCGCCAGCAACUGCCUGCAAGUCCUCAAGUUCGCCUCGCAGUUCUUCUGCAAAUCUUUAACCGAUCGCAGCAACAUUUACUUGCUGCAGAACUUCGCCAACGUCUUCAAAGAUAACGAGCAUUUCUGCGAUUUAUCCGGGGAGCAUCUGAGGCAAAUCCUCGCGGACGAUUGUCUUAAUGUGAAGUCGGAGGAAGUGGUUUUCGAGGCCAUCAAGAGGUGGACGGAGCAUUGUUCAGAGGGGCGUCAGAAGUAUCUGCUUGACCUCAUCAAGUGCGUGAGGUUAGGCAACUUGCCUCAGGAGAAAAUCGUGAAAAUCGCCCAUUGGCAAGCGAUCCAAGCCGAUACCGCUUGCACCCUCUACUUAACCGAUAUAUUAACGAUCAUGGAGGAUUUUGGGGAGUCUUUGAUGAAGCAGAAGAGCACUUACUUGAUGAGGCCGAGGAUCCCUUACGAUAUCUUGUUCGCUGUAGGGGGCUGGAGUGCUGGCAGCCCCACUAGUUUCGUGGAAACUUACGAUAAUCGGGCUGACAGGUGGCUGGUCUCCAAGGACACCGAUGUGGUGGCAAGAGCUUACCACGGCAUGUGCAGCUACGACGGUAAAAUUUUCAUUGUGGGCGGUUUCGAUGGCAACGAGUACUUUAACACCGCAAGAUGCUUCGAUCCAGCCGUGCACCUCUGGAAAGACUGCGCCUGCAUGCACUACUCGCGUUGCUACGUCAGCGUGGUGCUUUGUCUGGAUAGAAUCUACGCCCUGGGGGGGUACAACGGGAGGAUCCGCAUGAAUUCCGCCGAGAGGUACGAUCCAGUUAGCAACCAAUGGGAGCUGAUCCCGUCCAUGCAGAAGCAACGUUCAGACGCCAGCGCUGCCACGUUAAACGAUAAGAUAUACAUCGUCGGAGGGUUCAAUGGACAAGAAGUGAUGAACUCAGCGGAGAUGUUCGACCCGAGCACCAACCAGUGGUCCUACAUCCCCCAAAUGGCCUCCCCGAGGUCCGGAGUCAGCCUGAUCGCUUACCACGACGCCCUUUAUGCCAUCGGGGGUUUUAACGGCUACACCCGGCUUCCCACCAUGGAAGUUUUCAUUCCCGGAGCGAGUGCCGAGUGGAUGGAGGGGUCGGAAAUGACCACGUCCAGGAGCAACUUCGGCACCGUGAUUCUGGACGAUUAUAUUUACGUGAUCGGGGGCUUCAACGGGUCCACCACCAUCAACUACGUGGAGUAUUACGACGUGGAAACUGACGAGUGGGUGGAUGCCGCCCCCAUGAACCUCAACCGGUCGGCGCUGAGCGCAUGCGUCAUCAGCGGAUUGAGGAACUCCAAGGACUAUUCGUUUUUGGACAGGAGCAGGAAGGAGCUGCACGAGGACGUUAAGGAGGACUGCGAUUAGUCGCACAGGAGUAGUUGCAUUUUACGGAUUUUUAUGAAAUAUUUUAAUAGAUUACGGGUUUUUUAUGA